CUAUCUCAAGCCUCGCCAACCAAAAACAACACACAACCCUACCCAACGAGAGCGAAACUGGACUAUCUUGCAAAAACACUUUGAGCAAACAAAGCCACGGAGCAGGCACCAUCUGAUAAGAGCAGCUGCGUUUCUGGUGACUCAGUCGAGAGGACUUGAGUGUUCCCAGAAGGUCUCCGGCUUCCACAGAGGUAGCUCCGAUCCCGGCCAAGGGAGAGACAUGUCGACGACCCUUUGCCAAGUGAUGGGCUUUGUCGUCUCGUCUUUGGGUGUGGCAGGGUGCAUCGCGGCCACUGGACUGGACAUGUGGAGCACCCAGGACUUGUACGACAACCCGGUCACGGCCGUGUUCCAGUACCAGGGUCUCUGGAGAAGCUGCGUGAGGCAGAGUUCGGGUUUCACAGAGUGCCGGCCUUAUUACACCAUUCUUGGGCUACCAGCCAUGUUCCAGGCAGUGCGAGCCCUAAUGAUCGUGGGCAUCGUCUUGGGCGUCCUUGGUCUUCUCGUGUCCAUUUUUGCCCUGAAAUGCAUCCGCAUUGGCAAUAUGGAGGACUCUGCAAAAGCCAACAUGACCCUGACCUCUGGCAUCAUGUUUAUUGUGGCUGGUCUAUGCGCCAUUGCGGGAGUGUCCGUAUUUGCCAACAUGCUGGUCACAAACUUCUGGAUGUCGACAGCCAAUAUGUACCAAGGAUCGAUGCAGACGAUCCAAACAAGAUACACCUUUGGCUCAGCCUUAUUCGUUGGCUGGGUUGCUGGCGGCUUGUCCCUGGUAGGGGGCGUCAUGAUGUGCAUUGCCUGCAGGGGACUGGUCCCAGAAGAAACCCAUUACAAAACAGUGUCCUACAAUGCGUCAGGACGGAAUAUCGCCUACAAGACCGCACCCUACAAGGCUGGUACUGGCUACGAAUCUGAAGCCAAAAGUAAAAAAGUCUCAGCAUAUGAUGACACUGCUCGUAGUGAUGACGGGAAACGCUCAUACCCUUCAAAGUAUGACUAUGUCUAAAAAUCCUGUAGGGGUCAAAGAUACACUAUCGGUUUAUACCACUUUUCAGUCCAAAAAGAAACCGAAAGGAAUACUCAGACAAAAUAUACAUUGGUUUACUCUUCCUUCUUGUGUUUGGUUUGCUGUGAUGAGGUGUAGGGCAUUUUCAUUGUCUAUUCGUGUGACCUUGAUUUGACUUUUUACUGGUGUUCCCAGUAUGAUGAGGUCCAUAAAAACACCAGUGUGUUCUAAUUGUUCUCAUCUUUAAAAGAGAUGGUUAAUAUUUCAAAUACAGCUGGUGAAAGCCAAAAGCAUGGUUCUUCCAUGCACCAUUACCCAUUUCUUUUAAUCAAUUGACAUUUCUAUUUCAUAACACAACAAAGCGGAAGUCUGCCAGCCCACGUAAAUCAAUGCCGGUUGCAUUUGCAGCUGUGACGAAAAGCCACACACCACCGACGGUAGGCACAAAAGGCCUUUGCGAGUCAGGUUGCUAGCCCCAAAGGCCUGUGCUGAUGAGCUACCAAAGGAAAUUGUUUGCAGAAAUGCUGGUGGCUGAUCUCGGUUACAGAGCAGGGUGUAAAAACAACACAACAAUUCGCCCAUCUCCUCAUGCAAAGGGAAGGUCAUGCAAGGUAUAAAGUUCACCCAAGCCUCUUGGGGAGCGUGGAGACCUUAACGCAACUUCUAGUGAUGUUCAAAGAAAGCAACGGUGCUGUGUUUAAACCCUAGUGUAUCUUUGCCCGAGUUUUGUAACCCAGCUUUGCCACGGCAGGUUGAAGAGAGGAAAAAUCAUGGCCUGAUGUGUUUUAUGCUGUGUGCUUUAGUUCCAGUGGCCUUUCUUUAAGCAUAGUGGGCAGAUCCAACAUUUGCAAUGGGCCAUCACUUGUACCCAGACACUUCCUUGCCUCAUCCCGUCACGUACCAUACAACGCUGAGUUGGUGUGAUAUUUAAUUUGAUUGUCCUUAGACAGGGAACAUAUAUAUAUAUAUAUAUAAACCCCAUUGUUAUUCCUAUGCCUGGUAUUUGAUGUGAGAGCUGAGAAGCUUUGUGCAUCAUUGGUACUCCUGCAGAUGUCAUCUCUAAGGAAGCCAGCUGACUGUCCCCAUGUGGAAUGAAUUAGAGUUACAUUCGGAGCAGGAAUCCCAGGGAAGAUUAGAUGAGUGAUUCUCUUCCCUGGCAUUAGGGCUUCCUCAUGAAUUCUUUCCAUGCUGAUUUGAAUAUUCACCCCUUAAAGGGUCACUAUUAUCUUCUCGGUGGUCAAUGGACAAUCCAACCUGCUGUGAGUAUUGUAGGCCAAGAUCCCAGGAAAGGGAUCUGUCCCAAUCCAGAGCAUGGGAAGUCUCAAUUCUUCCCUCAGCAGGCUUGACUCAAGGGGUAUCUUGGAUGGGUCUCUGGACAGCGACUCCCUAGCAGUGUGAGGAUUUUCUGUUGUGGGGCUUUGAUGGUUUAAAGGGAUAAGCAAAAUAGGGAUCCCAGAAGCCCUUCCCUCAACCCGCCACGUUGAGAGCUAGCAGGGAACGUUGCCCUUGUUCCUGGGAACAGCUCUAAGUACUCUGCUCUCUGGAGCAGAAAUGAAGGCAGAAGGUUUCCUCCACAACUGGAUCCUUGCGGUGUCUGGAGGCCUUGACAGCAUCCCCUUUCAGCAUGCGUUGGGUGUGUGUCUGUUCAGCUCCUGAGCAUAGUAGCCCACAUUCAUGAACGAGGCCCAUCACAUGACCGAAGCCCCGCAGAGAGCCCACGCUGGAGGGGGAGGACUAUGAACUCCAUGAGUAUCUCCAGACUAGCUCCAAAGAGGAGAGAGUGUAAAGGGAGUAUGGAAGUGGGAUGGGGUAGAGACAUAAGGCUCAGUGAGGUUGAGUUGCAUCCCCUAGCCCUAGUGUAGACCCCAAAACGAAGUCUUAUUGUACUGCCUUGGGGCGGGACCACAUGACCGUCACCGAUGAAGCUCAAAGAACUCUCACGUAAGUCCCAAGCCCGAGAAAAUGCAAAUCUGCAUAAUACUAAGGGACUCCAUGGAACUUUGCUGGCUUACACCACUGGGGGAAUUCUUUUUACAGGGCCGUUGAGUCACAUGGCUCUAUCGCGUAUGUUUGGUGGGGUGUUUUUUAACGGCUGUCUUUGUUACUUUGAAGACUAGAUUUUCAUACCGCUCUGAUACAUCAUUUGUUUUUGUGUCUGUGUUUUGCAUGCUGGAAAUAUUGUGCUUGGUUAAUGUUUUUGUUACUUGAAUAUUAAAGAAAGUGAUGUUACGA